AUGGACGAGGCCAUUGUGUGUGCAACACAUGGAGCCAUGGGCUCCGUGCUACGGAAGCUGGGUGCUUUGCUCUCUGAUGAGUAUAAACUUCUCAGAAGUGUGAAAGGUGAUGUCAUGUUCCUUAAAGCUGAGCUUGAGACCAUGCAUGCUUUUCUCAAGAUGAUGUCCGAGGUUGAGGAUCCUGAUGAGCUGUCCAAGUGUUGGAUUAAGGAGGUACGAGAGCUGUCCUAUGACAUCGAGUAUGGCAUCGACAGUUUCAUGCUGUCCCCGUGUGGCGAGUCCAGCCGCAAACCCUGUGGCUUCAAGGGACGCCUCAGCAGGUGCAUGGAUAUAAUGACAAAUUCCAAGACGCGCCAUUGCAUUGCCAAGAAAAUCAAAGUUCUCAAACAAGAUGCUAUUGAGGUUAGCAGUCGGUGGGCGAGGUACAAGGUUGACGAUGUAGUCUCCAAGCCGAGCAGGAUAAGCAUAGAUCCCCGCUUACCAACAUUUUUCACCGAGAUGACGAGGCUCGUUGGCAUUGAUGGCCCAAAGGAUAAACUCAUCAAGUUGCUAACUGAAGGGGAAGUUGCAAUUGCACAGCAGCUAAAGGUGGUGUCCAUUGUUGGAAUUGGGGGCCUUGGAAAGACUACUCUUGCUAAUCAAGUGUACCAGAAGCUGGAAGGGCAAUUUGAAUGUCAAGCUUUCGUGUCGGUGUCCCAAAAACCCGACUUGAAGAGGAUUUUGAGAAAUAUACUCUCUCAAAUCUGCUGUCAAGAGUGUGUCAGCAACGAAGAAUGGGAUGAGCAGCAACUCAUCAACACAAUAAGACAGUUCCUCAAGCAUAAAAGGUACUUCAUAGUAAUGGAUGAUAUAUGGGGCACCCCAGCAUGGAGAGCAAUCAAAUGUGCUUUUCCUGAAAAUAGUUCUUCCAGCAGAAUACUGACAACUACACGUAUCGUCACAGUAGCCAAGUAUUGUAGCUCUCAGAACCGUGAUCAUGUGUAUGAAAUAAAGCCUCUUAGUGCAACUCACUCUAAGAGCUUAUUUUUCAAACGAGCAUUUGGCUGUGAAGGUGGAUGCCCUCUUCAACUGAGGGAAGUUUUAGAUGAAAUAUUAAAAAAAUGUGGCGGCUUGCCGUUGGCAAUCAUUACAGUAGCUAGCUUAUGUUCCAAAAAAAAAAAAACCAGACAAGAAUAG